CUCCAUUUCUCUCUCUACUGCUACACUGCAAAUUGCGAAGAAGAAUAGAGAGAGCAGAACGACCAAACCAGAUCUAAACUGCAAACUCGCCGAUCUUACAGAGGAGGAGAAGCAGAAGAAGAUAAGCACAGCGACAGCGAUAGCGCAAAGCUUCUUCGAUGGCGGCAGCGGUGUCAGCAGGACCGGAUCACCUCUUCAACAUGAGGAACUACUACUACCUGGGAGCCUACCAGGCCGCGAUCAACUGCAGCGACUCCCUCUCCGGCCUCUCCCCCGACGAGUCCCUCGAGAAGGACUGCCUCGUCUUCCGCUCUUAUAUAGCCCUUGGCAGCUACGCGCUCGUGAUCAAUGAGAUCGAUGACUCCGCUCCCACGCCUCUCCAAGGUGUGAAGCUGCUCGCGCUGUAUCUUUCCUCCCCCGAUAACAAGGAGUCCGUGAUCUCAAGUUUAAAAGAGUGGUUGGCAGAUCCAGCGAUUGGAAACAAUCCUAUUUUGAGGUUGAUUGCGGGGACUAUAUUCAUGCAUGAACAAGACUACAACGAAGCUCUCAAGCACACAAAUGCUGGUGGAACCAUGGAACUGCAUGCGUUGAAUGGCCAAAUCUUCCUUAAGAUGUACAGGUCUGAUUAUGCAGAGAAGCAACUGAGGAUCAUGCAACAGGUUGAUGAAGAUCAUACACUUACUCAACUUGCAAAUGCUUGGUUAGACCUGGCAGUGGGUGGUUCCAAGAUUCAGGAAGCAUAUCUUAUCUUCCAAGACUUUUCUGAGAAGUACCAGAUGACGGGGUUGAUAUUAAAUGGUAAAGCUGUUUGCUCCAUGCACAUGGGGAACUUUGAUGAAGCAGAAACAUUGUUGCUUGAAGCUUUGAAUAAGGAUACCAAGGAUCCAGAAACUCUGGCCAACCUUGUCGUAUGCAGUCUUCAUCUUGGCAAAUCACCUUCCCGUUAUCUCAGCCAAUUGAAACUCUCACAUCCUGACCACCUGCUCGUUAAACGCGUUACUUCUUCGGAGGAGAGCUUCGACAGAGCCGUACAAUCGGUUGCUUAAGGAAUCCCUAUUUUGGCUACCAGUAAGAAUUUAAUGUUUGGUUCAAAGUGGUUAUGCCCACUCUUCCGAGGAGCGGUCAUUUAAACAGAAGAAGACGACUCCAUUUGUUUGUGUAAUUUUACCAAUGAAGAGAUGAAUAGAGAUGAACCGAAUUGCAACUGAACCGAUGUUCUACCGUUUAGUUCUUUCAAUAUUCUUACUUAUUAGAAGUCACGUCUUAUUUUUUUAAA